AUGGCAUCAGUAGCUUACUAUGAGCUUUACCGUGGCAGCAGCCUCGGGUUAUCCCUCACCGAUACCCUCGACGACCUGAUCAAUGAGGGCCGUAUCGAGCCCCAGCUGGCGAUGAAGAUCCUUGGGACCUUUGACAAGAUUGUCACUGAAGUCUUGGCGGACAAAGUUCGGGCCAGACUGACCUUCAAGGGCCACCUCGACACCUACCGAUUCUGCGACGAAGUCUGGACCUUCUUGAUCAAGGAUGUCUCGUUCAAGCUAGACAACCAGACAACUGUAUCCGCGGACAAGGUGAAGAUCGUGAGCUGCAAUAGCAAGCGGCCUGGUGAGGUGUAA